AUGAUAACUCAAUAUCAUAUGGCAAAAGACAGUGCUCGGAGAAAUUUAUUCAAUGCCACUUCAGGUUUUGUGGUGGCCAUAAAAAGUGGUGAAGGAGCAGCAAAAGCUACCGCUAUAAAUGCAUUAGAUUUAGUCAUCGAUCUAAGGCAUGGAGUAAAGUAUCUAUCAACGAAUGCAACUAGCAUAACAUCAAGUGUGAACAGUAUUGGAUCAGCUAUGGUUCCUGUAGCUGCGUCUGCUGGAAUUGCUGCAGGUAUAGUUACUGGAUUGGAAUUAUGCUAUGUCACAUACAAUUUCUUUAUCGGUGACAUUCCGGACUGGGCCACCUAUGGACGCCUAGUAACUCGUAGUAUUGCCACUGGUGUUGGUUCUUUUGUUGGCAAUUGUGCUGGAUAUCUUACUGGGGCUUUUGUUGGUGGCGCCAUAGGAUCGAUUGGAGGUCCAGGAGGAGUAGCACUUGGAGCAUUCAUUGGUGGAAUCAUAGGAAGUAUUUUCGGUAGCAUCGCUGGCGGUGCAUCUGCCUCACAAGCAUUUAAUAAAUGUUGGCCAGACGAGGAACAAAAGUCUCGUAAAAUAUUGGUUAAAGAAGCAUUAAUGCAGUAUGGUUAUACCGAAAACGAUAUUAAAAAUGAUGCAAUAUUUAACGAAACUAUGAUCAAAGCCAAAUACAAAAUGCUAUGUUUAAUACAUCAUCCUGAUCGAGAAACAGGUAGCACACAAGCUUUUCAGCAACUAUCAAUAAAUCAUGGCAUUGUAUGGUCACUUUUAAAUAGUUCAACAAAUAAGAAAGACGAUGCUGUAAAAAUCAUGAUUGAAGCUGGCGUAUAA